UAAUAUAACGAUAUAUACAUGCUUUUAUAGACACAGUCAGUGUUUGAAUGCUGCUGUUGUUGCUGAGGAGGACGUGUGUGAUUGCUGCCUGCUGGUUUGAUGUCUUGCUUUGUUAGUAAUAAGGGGAGUUUGGAGGAGGACAGCUAUGAGGGAGCUGUUGGUGGAGAGCUGUCCGGCUGUGCCUUGGCGAUGAUGGAAAAGGAACAAGAAUCGAUGCUCAGCCCCUCAGAGAGCCCUGGUACCUUCAUCAGCAGCAGCUCCAGUAGUCUUCAGGCUGCUACCCCUGUCCAGGGCUAUGACGUUGAGUUUGACCCACCUCUAGAGAGUAAAUAUGAGUGCCCUAUCUGCCUCAUGGCUUUAAGGAAUGCCAUCCAAACACCCUGUGGUCACCGUUUCUGCAAGAACUGCAUUGAGAAGUCCAUUCGUGACACAGGACAGAAGUGCCCUGUGGACAACGAAAUGCUGUCACAAGACCAGCUGUUUCCUGAUAACUUCGCAAAACGGGAGAUUCUCUCGCUAACUGUUCGCUGUCCGAACGCUGGCUGUGCUGAUAAAAUGGAGCUCCGACAUUUAGAGAAUCAUGUGGCACAGUGUCAGUUUGCAACUGUGCCUUGCCCGCAGUGCCAAAAGUCUGUGAGAAAAAGCAACGUCGAGGAGCAUAUAACUGUUGAGUGCCAAAGGAGACCUGUGUCGUGUCCAGAUUGUGUGGCGUGCUUUGUGUAUGAGGAGAGAGAGCUUCAUGAGCAGCAGUGUCCCUUUGCCAAUGUCACGUGCCAGUACUGUGAGAUGGUUCUCAUCAGAGACCAGAUGGAAUCUCAUUGUGAUACAGAUUGCCCAAAAGCACCCAUCGCCUGUAACUUUAGCACCUUUGGAUGCAAGGAAAGGAUGCAGCGCCACAACCUGGCUCAGCACAUGCAGGAGUUCACACAGAUGCAUAUGCGCUACAUGGCAGAGUUCCUGCGUGGCCUUAGCCUUAAUGGCACCACACCAAAAUCCCUCUGGGCGCUUGGACAUUCUGUUCCCCCUGAAGACCAAGGAGCUGCAGCAUCAGCAUCAACCUCUAGUGGUUCCAGAGGAUCUGCAGGCUGCAGCAGCAACUUUGCCUCAUCUCAGCCUAGUGAAGAGAUGCAGAGGCUCCGGGAGAUGGAUAAACGACUGGUAAAACAGGAUCACCAGCUGCGUGAGCUCAUCAUCCUAAAAGAAACGCGGGCAGGCCAGCUUGCAGAGCUCCAGCGUAGGGUGUCUGUGCUGGAGGAGACAGUAAAGGAGCUGGAGGUCCAGCAGUGCCACGGUAUCUUCAUCUGGCGCCUCAAAGGUUUCACUGCCCACUUACGAAACCAAGAAGCAGGCCUACCAGUAGUUGAACACAGCCCAGGCUUCUACACAGGUCGUCCAGGCUACAAACUGUGCCUGCGCUUACACCUGCAGACCCCCAACGCCCCACGCUGCUCCAACUACAUCUCCCUGUUUGUCCACACCAUGCAAGGAUCUUUUGAUGGGCAGCUGACCUGGCCGUUCCAGGGCACCAUCCGACUCGCUAUCCUAGACCAGGGCCCCGAAGGUCAGCACCACAUGGAGGUGAUGGAGACUAAGCCAGACCUGCAAGCCUUCCAGAAGCCCACCAUCCAGCGUAACCCUAAAGGAUUUGGCUACGUGACCUUUCUGCACCUGAAUCAGCUGCAUCAGAAAGCCUAUGUUAAAGAUGACACUCUUCUUAUCCGCUGUGAGGUCACACCACGUUUCGACAGUAUCUUUCACCGUGAGGGACCAACAGUACAACCUAGAGGGCCCGAGGCCUCAGUUUCAAGGGACUAAGGUCAAACUGACAUCUAUGGGAUCACAUACUGAACCUUUGUCAGUCAUGCUGAAUUAUCAGUACAGUACAUUUCCCAGUGUUUCAAUACUGCUUGAUUUAUUUUAAUGGUUGAACAUUAGGAGGAAGAAAAUUGGUGUUCAUACCCAUUCAAAAUUUUGACAGUGCAAGUAUGCUAGUAUUUAUUUGUUCACCAUUUUUUGUUAAUGUGAUUUUUGUUUUUCAGAAAUUUAUGCAAUCAUUAUAUUUCAAAUAAUUUUAAAUUGUAAAUGUACUCACACCUGUAUGGUACAAACUUUCAGAAAGCCUUGUAUGUUCAGCAGAUAGGAGCUGAAAAUACCUGUUUGAAAUGUCCAUUUGCAACCUGCAGACUGAAUAAGGUUUUUUUUCUGGGUUUUGGAGACAGCACUGAAUGUUAAAGAUACCCUGUGGAGUUUUUGACCACUAGUGGCUUGUUCUCAAAAAGAUUUUUUUUCCCAUUCACAGUUUUUUUUACAAAAAAAAUAUUACAAAAGACGUUUUUGACCAUGUGUGCAGAAAGUCAGUUGGCUUAGCUAUUCAGGGACUCUAAUGUGCAUGCACUGUGGACCCAAAAACAUGGAAACCUGGACAACCUUUUCUGUGUAUGCGCCAGGUGAGCAACUUCUUUGGAAUUAAUGAGGUGCCAUCUUGGAACACGGUAUCCAUUUCUCAGUGAUUGAACCAUGAAGCAGAGGAUUAUCAUGUUAAUUGGAGAGAGUGAAGCUGCGUUUAAGGCAAGAACAUAUAUAUGACGUCCCUCCAUUUUUACGAUAUUCCACUGAUCGACAUUUGAUGAUUGACAUUUUAUUGUGGUGGUAAAAUGGCAAACAGCAUAACAAUGUGCUAAUAGAAACUGAUGUAAAAAUGUUUUAUGAAGAAGGAAAUGCAUUCAAGACAUUUUUGAGCUUCAAGAGUACGUACAGUACAUCUUGAUGAGAAACACUGUCUGUAAACAUAACUGUUUGAUUUCAAGAAAAUUCCACGGGGUACCUUUAAGUUAUUUUAUUGUAAGAGAAAGUAACUCAAAACACAAACUGCUUUUGGAUUUUAGCAUGCCAUACUUCAUUACUUUUGACUGUAUUUGUAUUUUGUCAUCAGCAAAAAAAUGACAGCACUCUUUGAACUCGGUGGGCCCUCUGUCACCAGCUUUCAUCACUGCUGUAAAUUUUUGCUGAAUAGUACAGCUGUUACAGUCAGUGAGUUGCUCUUUUAGCUUUUAAUAGAGUUUAUGGUGCCUUUCUCACAAGUUCCUGCCUAAUGUGAUCUGUGUAGAGAAAAAAAAAACAUGAAGUUAACUUACUACUGUAUUUAUCAAUAGUAGAUAAGAGUUAGUAAGCUAACGUCAUGCAUCAGUACUUUAAAACAAUAUGCUGCCCGGUUAGGGUUUACAGCUGUAGGUAAUAGCCUGAAUUGUAUUUCCUGUCUUCUUUUUGUGCCUUUAGUAUUGUGAUGGCCUUCCACUGUGUAAAUAAUGAUCAAUAUUAUCAUUGUAAUACAUGAAUGGUUGUUUGCUCUAUAAGAAUUAAAUAUACAAUACUGAAAAAACAACUAUUAAAGUAUUUACUAAUCACA